AUGACGGAUUUUUCACCUAUAACUCCGACCUAUGAUGGUGAAGAGCAUGUGUUUGCUGCUUUUCAUCACAUAGUGAAGGCAUUAGGGGCAAGUAAGAAUCUGACUGAUGAUGUGAGACGCCUUGUGGCGGAUCUUGACAACCUUUUGUCCACAAGUACCAGAACCCCAGAGAGAAGGGAAGGUGAAACAAGAGAGGUGGAAGAGCAAUUGGAAUUUGCUCAGAAAAAGGUCAUGAGGUGGGAAUCAAACCGGUCGAUGAUAUGGGCUUUGGGCCGGGAGGAAGCUGCAGAUUAUCUUCAAGCAGUUUAUGAAAUCCAAAGGUUGACAGAAAGUUUGACAAGUUUGCUUUCAAAUGGUGGUGGAAAACGAAAGGAGUUGCUUGACCAAGCCAAUAGUGUUUUGCAUAUGGCAAUGGUAAGGCUUGAGGAAGAGCUGAUUGACAUUCUUUCUAAGAAGAAGCAGUCAUUGAAGCCUGAAUAUGUGUCGUCCCACUCGUGCGAUGAGGAUGUUUCAUCUGAUGUAUCAAUAGUUUCAACUGAGGAUGAAUCGAUUGAGGAAACAUCUAGGAGAAAUAGUGGUGGCACUGAACGUGAGGAUCAUAAGGUCGAUUUGAUCCAUCCUAGUGUAAUUUCUGAUAUCAAGUCAAUUGCAAAUGUCAUGUUUGCUUCGCAUUACAAUCACGAAUUUUGUGACACUUUUGUAAGCUUCUGGAAAGAUGUAUUGGAUGAGUAUUUUGUCGCUCUUUGCAUCGAAAAACUUAGCAUCGAGGAAUUGUCUAAAAUGGAAUCGAAACAACUGUGCAGCAAGAUCAGGAAAUGGAACAGGGCGAUGAAGUUUAUCAUUAAGGUUUAUUUGCCAAGUGAGAAACGCCUUUUUGACCAAGUGUUUGGAGAAUUUGGAUCCACGUACAAAACUUGUUUCAUUGAGGCUUCUAGAGGUUCAAUGUUGUGCCUCUUGAAUUUCGGAGAAGCCGUGGUGAUUGGGCCCCGGGAGACAGACAAGCUGUUUACGUUACUUGACAUGUACGAGGUCCUGUCAAAUCUUAUCCCUGAUAUAGAUACUCUGUUCUCCGAGGAGGCCGGUGCUUUCCUUGGGGCUGAGUUCCACCAGCUUAUGAUAAGAUUGGGUGGUACCGUGAAGGCAACUCUUUUGAAAUUUGAACAUGAUGUUGCUUCACACCCAUCGAGAACUCCUUUCCCUGCGGGUGGGAUUCACCACGUCACGAAAUAUGUCAUGAAUUAUGUCAAAACACUUGCUGAGUAUUCUGAGACUCUAAAUUUGCUUCUUAGGGUGCAAAGUGGGGAGGAUACGGUUCUAAAUGGUCAAAAUAUUAGUUCGGAUAAUUUUUGUCCAUUGGCUGUCCAUCUACAGUUUCUGACGUCCAAUUUGGAAUCCAAUAUCGAUCACAAAUCCAGGUUAUACGGGGAUGCCUCUUUGAAGCACAUUUUCAUGAUGAACAACAUCCACUAUAUGGUCGGAAAGGUUAGUGGAUCCGCACUUGAGGAAUUCUAUGGAGUUGAAUGGAUAAGGGAAUACACUAGGAAAUUCCAGCAGCACGAAACAAGUUAUGAGAGAGCGACUUGGAGUCCAAUCCUUUCUCUACUGAGGGAUGAUGGAAACAACAGAAGAGAAAGUCUUAGGGGGAGGUUUAGAAACUUCAAUAUUGCUUUUGAGGAGGUAUAUAAGUGCCAGACUAAAUGGUCCAUCCCUGACCACGAGCUUCGGAAGGACUUGCGAAUUUCCACUUCGCAGAAAGUGAUCCAAGCGUACCGGCCCUUCACCGGUAUGAAAUCUGCAAUCAUUGGCGAAAAGUACGUUAAGUACUCUGCCGAUGAGCUGGAGAAUCGUAUCUUGGACCUCUUUGAAGGGCCACCUGCUUCGCUGCACAAUACCCGAAGGAUGUUGACUUUUUGA